AUGAUUGAUGAAAAUUUGCCAACGUUCUUUCUCAAGACCAAUCCUAAGACGCCUCAGCAGAAUACGAUAUAUCAUAGUCAUCAUGGCAAUGACCCUGAGCCAGCAUAUACUCUUCGUUCCCUCGACCCGACCGCCCCCUCGUCACAAAAUCGCUACGGUGUUGCCCUUUACGACCCCUACGUCCCGGAUAUCGUAUUUGGGGAAGUGGCCGUAGUUCCUGCAUGGACCCAACCAAGCCUUUCAGCAGAGAAUAUUCGUGCCAAUGGUGGCAACGUACCGCCUCCAGAACCUAUCCUGCCAACGGAAUUCACUAUUAAUCUCUACAAUCCCGACCAGGAGAUUGUCGUUCGCCACCAAUCAAAGACAUGGAACAAACCUGCGCAAUGGAUGUUUGAAAUGCCGCAGCGUACAUUUCGGGUUCCCUCAUCUUCAAGACUUGAUCGUACGCAGAUUGACCCAUCCAUCUCAGACGUGACGCCGAAGCUUCGCUUCAGCUGGCGUAAGGAUGGAAAGCUGUCAAAGGACAUGUCAUGUCUGUUGCAUGGCAAGUCAUCCAGUAUCCCUGAGACAAAAAGCAAAUCACGCGAGCCUGAUAUCACAGUGGCGCUUUUCCAAGGCUUGCGUGAGCUCACUCUUUACGAACCGAAUCUCUACCGUGUUGAAAUGGAAGAUUUCAAGGGUCUAGAGGUUGUUCUAUUACUAGCCGCUGUUGCUAUCCGAGACAUCUUCUUUGGCCCUGCGAAGGAGGCAUUCCACAUUGUUCCAGGCGGUCCGGCCUUGAUCAACGGUCGACCGCAGACUGCGCCGCCGGGCCGAAAGAGCCCGGCUAAUCAGACGUCGAAGUCGAGUCCACAUUCAAAGCAUCCACCAACAGGUUUGACCAUUCAAACAGACCCAACCUCUCUGCAUGAUCCCGGACGGCAGACUCAGCUUGCACAGGAAGAAGCGCGUCGCACUGAGGAGCUUCUUGCAUCCGAGAAACGAGCACAGGAACAGGCCCGGCGUCAGCAACAAGAAGAUAUUGACAAAGAGACCAAAAGGUUACAAGAGAUCUACGGCCAAGAAGAGCAGAAAGCACGAUUGCAGAACCCCAGCGAUCCAGGAUCUCCUGCACGGCCAAAUCUACCACCCCGACAAAGUGGGCCGCCUCAUCCAUACCCCCACCAGUAUUCACAGUCCCUCGCUCAUCUCCCUCCCCAACCUACUCCCCAGCCUCCCUGGCAAUCUCGCCCACAACAUCCUCAGCGAGUACCCGUCCCUGCACAAAGCCAUAGCCCAUAUCUUACCUCUCCCGGUGGAUUGGAUCCCCGAGCUCAAUCGACUUCACAUAUCAUGCCGUCCCACCCUACCCACUCUCAUCCCCCACCUAUUCGGCGCCAAUCUAUGGCAGGAUUCAAUCAACAGAUUACUAGUAGCGGGGCUCUACAAGUAUCGCCUCAGCCCACGCAGCAGCAACAACAACAACCGCAGCUGCAGCCUAAAAAAAGCAGUUUCUUUGGUUUUUCGCGUAACAAGGAGGAACCCCCCAGGAACCGAUUGGACAAGAAGCGGAGUUCCAUGUUUUUUUCAUAG